AUGACAAAGGGAAGAGGAGAGGGCUUCUGGACAGGCCCGAUGGAAACAGUGGAUCCAGAGCUCCAUGCCCUGAUCUGCGGAGAGGCUGCAAGGCAGCAAAAGACAAUAAAUCUGAUAGCCAGUGAAAACUACGUCCACCAAAGCGUGAUGGAGGCCUGCGGGUCGGUCCUUACCAACAAGUAUUCCGAGGGGAGAGUGGGAGAACGGUACUACGGAGGAACACAAUGGAUAGACAAGAUCGAGACCCUUUGCCAGAAGAGGGCUCUCUCGCUCUUCGGCCUCGACCCAGCAGUCUGGGGCGUCAAUGUCCAACCAUACUCGGGGAGCCCAGCCAACUUUGCCGUCUAUACAGCCCUCGUUCCUCCCGGAGGAAGAAUCAUGGGCCUCGAUCUUCCAUCUGGAGGCCACCUGACACACGGAUACAGGACAAAGACCAGGAAGAUAUCGGCCACAAGCGUUUACUUCGACUCAAGAGCCUACAGAAUAGGCCCCGACGGCUUCAUCGACUACAAUGCCCUCGAGGAUGCCUUCAACAACUUCCAGCCUCACAUCCUGAUCUGCGGGUACAGCGCAUACUCCAGAGACAUCGACUACAAGAGGCUUUCCUCCCUGGCUGCCUCCAACAACGCCUUUCUCUUUGCCGACAUCUCCCACAUCUCUCCUCUGGUUGCAUGUGGCCUGAUGAACAGCCCCUUCAACCACUGCGACGUGGUCAUGACAACAACCCAGAAAGGCCUUCGAGGCCCCCGUGGCGCCCUCAUCUUCUACAGGAAAACAGUUACAAAGAACGCCGUCUCCAUCGACCUGGACACAAAGAUCAACUUCGCCGUCUUCCCCAUGCUCCAGGGCGGCCCCCACAACCACACAAUCGCUGGAAUCGCUUCGGCUCUUCUCCACGCCGCAACCCCCGAGUUUGCAGAGUACGCCAGGUGUGUCGUCGAAAACUCUAAAGCACUCUCCGCCCAUCUGCUGUCCCUGGGCUUCGACAUCCCCACAGGCGGAACAGACAACCACAUGUUCCUUGUAGACCUCAAGAACAAGGACGUCAACGCCACCGCUGUCGAGCAUGUGUGCGACAUCCUGGGAAUCAGCCUCAACAGAAACACCAUUGCCGGUGACUCAAGCCCCCUCAACCCAUCCGGAAUCCGCAUAGGCACAUAUGCCGUCACUGCCAGGGGCCUUGGCCCACAUGACAUGAGAGAGCUUGCCGCCAUAAUCAACGGCGUCGUCGAGCUCUGCAGAGAGACAUUCCCAGGGAAGAGCAUCCCAAAGGCAGAGCUCCAGAAAACAGCGUCUGCCCUCUUGUCCUCCAGCCCCGCUGCCGCCGAUCUGAAGAAAAGGGUCCUUGCCCUCGUAGACGCCCAUCCCAUCUACAAGUAG